AUGCCGUGCCGGGCCGGUCGCAUCGCCCCGCCCCUCGCUGCACCCCCGCGCCCCCGCGAGCCGCAAGUCGGCCGCGCGCGCUCCGGUAAGCAUGUGUUUCGCGUGACGCGCUCCUCUACUUUACGCGGCACAUUCGAUUUCGUUGGCAUGGCUCCGCGCCGGCAAGGCGCCACCGGCGAACGCGAGGCGGAGGACACUCGCGGGUGCUGCGUUCCCAGCGAGUGCCUCCGGCCCCGGGAGGCUGUUCGUAUUGAAGACGCCGUUCGCGUACUAUGCAACAACGACACGUGCGCCGCCGGCCGGUACAUGCACCGAGAGUGCUUCGAACAAUGGGAAGGCGGCGUGUUGGCUUACCUCAAGUCCUGUGGCCGUGCACGAUCCUGGUCUGAGAGGCAACGCCACCAGAAUCUGUGGACAAAGAAGGGAUACGAUUUGGCGUUCAAAGCGUGCGGCUGCCGUUGCGGCCGCGGCCAUUUGAAGAAAGAUCUUGAUUGGGCACCUCCCGGCACCGCUGUCAGGGCUGAGGAAGAGAAGAAGAGGCGCAGGCGGACAAGGUCUGGUCGGACACCAGCCGCGACAGACGGACGCUCGAGAGCCUUCAGCCUGUCCAGUUCUGGGUCCUGCUCCCCGCCAUCCGCACCAUCAGAGCCCUCUGCCAGCCCGACACAUGUCCCUAUACAUGCUCUUACGCCGGCCAAGAGAAACUCCAAGCCUGAAAUCGUUUCCGACAGGAUUAGGUAA